AUGAAUAAGAAGGAAGAAAGAAUUAGAAAUCCGACUUCAUCGAAAAAAAUGGAUGAAUUUGACUUAGAUACAGACGAAGAAUUGUCAGAACUAGAUGAAGAACAAUUUAAGGAUUUGAAGGAUUCACAGGUUGAAAAAGCAGAUUUAACUGAAUAUACUAUGCAUAAUCUUCCUAAAUUUAAAAGAAAAGGCCUUUUACAAGAAGGUUCAGUAAAACCAAAGAAGAGUAAAUUAAUUAGAAAACGACGACGUACUCAUGAAACGCUUUUGGAAGAGAAUAAGGAUGAAUUGAGUAGUAAAAUGGAUCCUGAUAAGUUAGCGCGUUGGGAGCUAGAUCAGGCCUUAAAUGAAGCAAUUAUGUCUUCACGGAGAAAAAAGAGAAAAGGAGAAGAAGAUUUGGAAGGAAUGGCAGAUGAUGAAAUUAUUGCUCUUCGUGAAAAAAUGCGACAGGCAGCUAUUGAAGAUGUACAAGCAAAUGCAGAGAAAAAACCUGCAACGCAGAAGCUUAAAAUGUUAUCUGAAGUAGAAGAUGCAUUACGGAAAACAUCUUUUACUGAUUCAAUCCUCGAUAACAAUCUUUUGGAGGUAGUUAGAAUUUGGCUUGAGCCUUUGCCAGACAAAUCGCUUCCUGCUUUAAAUAUACAAAAAGUGCUUUUUUCUGCACUAUCUCGUUUACCUAUACAGACUGAGCAUUUACGUGAAAGUGGUGUUGGAAAAGUUGUUCUUUUCUAUAAACAAUCAAAAAAGCCAGAUCCAUUAAUAAAGAAACAAGCAGAUCAGUUAAUUUCUGAGUGGAGUCGUCCUAUCAUUAAAAGAAGUUCGAAUUAUAGAGAUCGUUCUAUUUCUACUGUUCUGUAUAAUCCAAAUACUGCUAUGUAUAAUGAUCAGAGAAUAUCGAACAGUGAUAUAAUUGAUUCUAAAGCAUAUAAAAAAACGAUCAUACCUGUACCCGUUAAUACAUCAUAUGAAAUUGCACCUAAAGUACAUUUAAAAGUAAAUCACAAUAUUUCAAAAAUGCGAAAUGAUGACCACCUUCGAAAAUUAAAACAAAAAAUGCAAAAAAUGAAACAACCGGUAAAACGCAAUGGCAUAUCUAUUGAAGGAAGGGGGCUUCUGUAA